AAGAUCCUUGUUUAAGCUCCACCAAGGCAUUGAACUUGGAUCAAUCCACCAGAAAAAAGGCAUGAUAGAGGUAUGAAACCAUAGUAGACGACAGCAAUUGUCGCAGCCAUGAUUGUAAGAGAUAUGGGUGUUCGCCAUGUCCGGAAGGCAUUGGCCGCCCCUCUACGUCAGGCCUGUCUUCGCGCCCUUUCUACGCAACCGACCUCGACAGGAGUGCCCGAUCUCACGGAACCGACCCUCCAGUCUCCCAAUGCCAAUGUCGAUGUCAAUGCCAGUCCGCAACAUCCCUCCAUAUUCAAUUCAAAGAUCCGCGCCCCCUCGCGCCGGAAGAAGGCCGCAGCACCCGACACCACCGUUGCGGACUACAAGAUGGCGCAGGAGCUGAAGGCCAUGAUCGGCAGGGUGGGCACCAAGGUCCAGCGCACGUAUAGACCAGCAGACGUCUUCCUGUACCCGCCCGGACCAAAAGACGUCACGCUGGAGCUCCUCAUGGCGUCGCAGGCGCACAUGGGCCACCACGCGUCGCUGUGGAACCCGGCCAACGCGCGGUACAUCUACGGCAUCCGGCAGGGCAUCCACAUCAUCUCGCUGGAGGAGACGGCGGCGCAUCUGCGGCGGGCCGCGCGCGUGGUGGACGAAGUCGCGUACCGCGGGGGACUGAUCCUGUUCGUGGGCACGCGGCCCGGGCAGACCCAGAUCGUGACGCAGGCCGCCCGGCUGGCACGCGCGUGCCACCUCUUCACGAAAUGGACGCCCGGGUCCAUCACCAACUCCGAGGUCAUUCUCAACGGCAUGCCCAUCCAGAUGCUGGACGAGCACGACGAGCCCGUCGAGGGGUUCAACCGCCAUCUCAUCGACCGGCGGCCGCUGAUUCCCGACCUGGUCGUGUGUCUGAACCCCAUAGAGAACUAUGUCCUGCUGCACGAGUGCGCGCUGGUUAAUGUGCCCACGAUUGGGGUUAUUGAUACGAAUGCAGAGCCCACGUGGGUUACGUAUGUUAUUCCGGCGAAUGACGACAGUCUGAGAUGCUUAGCCGUCAUCGGCAGCGUGCUGGGACGGGCCGGCGAGGCGGGCCACGAGCGGCGUAUCCGCGAUGCGAAGAAAGGCAUAGUGGCGUGGAAUACUCCGUUAGACGUCGCCAAAUUCAUGGAGCAGGAGAGGGAGAGAGCUGAGAACGAGGCUGCUAUGGCUGCCGAGGCGGCGCGGGGACGUGCUUAUCUUUCCGAGGAGGACGACAUUGGCUUCGGUGCCGGGUUCAAGCAGAGUCAUUAAACUAGGGCGAGGUCGGAUCCGGAACUGGAUUGAACUACUGGACCUAAAGGACUCGGGGCUGAUGUAUGUGUAAACUGCUGUAUUAGGUAAAUACACAUGUAUAAAUAAAAAGGAGGAGCAAGAAAUCCCCUAAAUGAACUCAUGCUUCGUCUUGAAUGUUUGGUAUCAUUAAGUUUAACUU